AUGCCCCCAAAGGUCGAAGCGACUGUCGUAGACCAAGACGCACAGAAAUACGAGCAGUUGCACGUCCAUGAAGUGUAUGAGCAAAUUGCGGGUCAUUUCUCUUCAACGAGGUAUAAGCCGUGGCCGAUAAUCGCUUGUUUCUUAGCUAGUUUGCCAACGGGAUGGGUUGGAUUGGAUUCCGGGACAGGCAACGGAAAGUAUCUACCGUUGCCCGCGGACAGACCUGGGUGUCUAAUGACGAUUGGAAUGGAUCGCAGUCAAAACCUACUGAAUGCAGCCAGGACCGCAGGUGGUACAGAUGUGAUCAGAGAGGUUGUUAGAGGCGAUGUGCUUGAUAACCCUUGGAGGAGAGGUAUAUUCGAUUACUGUAUCUCAAUUGCAACUAUCCAUCACUUGGCAACCCACGAGCGUCGAAAGCUGGCCGUGCAGAGGACGUUGCAGGCGGUUUCACCGAACCACGGUCGAGUUUUGAUCUACGUAUGGGCCAUUGAUCAAGAUGAACUGUCGAAACGGCAAAUACCCAAGGACAACGAAACGCGGGCGGGCCAGGAUGUCUUCGUGCCCUGGGUACUAUCGACUCAGAAAAAGUCAGAAGCAGACAGUGUACAAACUCAAAGUCAAGUCUACAACCGAUAUUACCAUAUGUUUGCAGAAGGAGAACUCUCCGCUUUGGUGCACGAAGCAGCAACGGAAUUGGGGAUGCUGGUAGAUCGAGAAUCGUCAAAUGGGGACCCUGGAACGAGGGGUGUUGAAGUCGUGCAGGACGGAUGGGAGCGAUCCAAUUAUUAUGUGGAACUGAGACUUUGGGAGAACGGUCAAAUAUAG